AUGAAUUCUUCCAACAGAGGUGAAAGAGUCAUCACCUCAAUUAGAGCAGAAUUGAAAUCCAGAAAAAUCAAAAAGUUUGCUUUGGGCUUGUUCACCAAGGUGCUCUCUCUAGACUAUGAAGAUGUACAGAUUUGCAGCCAGCUGAACACAUUGAUAACGGAGAUUGUUACUCCCAAUCAUCGAUUCGUGCUAAGACCGAACAUGAAUUACGAAAGAAAUAAGCAGAGCUCAGCGAACUUAUUGACUUCGGUACCUGAAUAUCCAACAGGGUCCUCGGAGACCAUAAUGACCUCGGGCGCUUCCUUGGGCGGUUCCGCACUGGUGACUGUUGGUGCAACGGGUGCAACAAUACCAUGCGCAACAAUAACUUAUCAACUGAAAGGAUUGCCACAGAGGCUGACAAUACAAGACAUGUUCCCUCCUCUGACUUCUAGUGACCUUGAAGGCAGCCAGAGCAAUGAAAGCGCACUGGCCUUGAAUGCGGAUAUUUCCAGCGUAGGAAUAUUUCCAGUCUCGAGCCAAGACGUCAACUUGGGGUUGAACACAGAAGAGCCGACCAACUAG